AUUAAUCCCUAACACACCAUUCCGUGAAUAAUGAUAGCCCUAAUUUGCCCAAUUCAAUUUGGGAAAGAAAAUUGUAGAUGUCAAACAAUGAUAUAUGUAAAUGCAUUGAAACCCUAGAGAAAACUUGUGAGUUUGGCUUCCAACAUCAAACUGCACCAAAAUAAAGCGUCAUUUCUUAUUGCUUUUUAACACACAGAUUGUGUGAUUUUGCUAUUUUGAGUGGAAAAGAGUCUUGUGAGAUUAUCCAUUUAUAAAGGUUGUGAAAUAAUGUCGAAGUCAUACGUAAAUCUUUUAGAUUUGGCAUCAGGGAACUUCCCUAAAAUGGAGGGGAAAAGGAGACGGUUUCCGAGGGUGAAUACAGCUCCGGGCAAUUUGUCAGAUCUUGAUGAUGAUCAAGCACGUAGUGUGUCAUCUGAUCAGCCAUCAUCAAUUGCUUCAGAUCGGAGGAUUAUUGUAGCAAACCAACUUCCUGUGAAAGCAAAGAGGAGAGAGGAUAAUAAAGGCUGGAGUUUCAGUUGGAAUGAGGAUGCUUUGCUAUUGCACCUUAAGGAUGGGCUACCAGAAGACAUGGAGGUUCUUUAUGUAGGGUCAUUGAAGGUCUCUGUUGAUCCUAGAGAGCAGGAUGAUGUGUCCCAGGUCUUAUUGGAUAAAUUUAGAUGUGUUCCUACUUUUCUACCUCCUGAUAUUCUGUCAAAAUUCUAUGACGGUUUCUGCAAGAGGCAUUUGUGGCCACUGUUUCAUUACAUGUUGCCAUUUUCAGCUGAUCAAGGAGGCCGAUUUGAUCGAUCUUUGUGGGAAGCUUAUAUUUCAGCUAAUAAGUUGUUUUUUCAAAAGGUAGUUGAGCUUAUAAACCCGGAGGAAGAUUAUGUCUGGAUUCAUGAUUACCAUUUGAUGGUGCUGCCAACCUUUUUAAGGAGGCGUUUUAAUCGGAUUAGGAUGGGAUUUUUCCUUCACAGCCCAUUUCCCUCAUCUGAGAUCUAUAGAACUCUUCCUGUAAGAGAAGAAAUACUUAAGGCUUUACUCAACUCCGAUAUUAUUGGAUUCCAUACCUUUGACUAUGCUCGUCAUUUCCUCACUUGUUGCAGUCGGAUGUUGGGCUUGGCAUAUCAGUCAAAGAGAGGUUACUUAGGAUUGGAAUUUUAUGGAAGGACCAUUAGGAUCAAGAUUAUGCCAGUUGGGGUUCAUAUGGGUUGGAUAGAGUCGGUGAUGAAAGGGGCGGAUGAGGAGAGUAAAAUGAGGGAGCUUAAACAAAAAUUUCAAGGGAAAACAAUGUUGCUUGGUGUAGAUGAUACUGACAUUUUUAAAGGUAUUAAUUUGAAACUUCUAGCAAUGGAACAAAUGCUGAAGCAGCAUCCCAGGUGGCAGGGAAAGGCUGUGCUGGUCCAGAUUCUAAACCCUGCUAGAGGUAAGGGGAUAGAUUUAGAGGAAAUACUUGCAGAAAUACAAGAAAGCUGCCGGAGGAUCAAUGAGCAAUUUGGGAGACCAGGCUAUGAGCCAAUAAUCCUUAUUGACAGGGCAGUUUCCAUUAAUGAGAGGAUUUGCUAUUACAACAUUGCUGAGUGUGUUGUUGUGACAGCUGUUAGAGAUGGGAUGAACCUUACUCCGUAUGAAUAUGUUGUCUGUAGACAGGGAAUAACUGGUUCUAAAUCUUGUCUAAAUUUCGAUGGCCCAAAGAAGAGCAUGUUAGUGGUGUCAGAAUUUAUUGGAUGUUCUCCAUCACUUAGUGGGGCAAUCCGUAUCAACCCAUGGAAUGUUGAAACAACUGGGGAGGCAAUGAAUGUCGCCAUUUCAAUGCUUGAUUCAGAGAAAGAAUUAAGACACGAGAAGCAUUAUCGGUAUGUAAGUACACAUGAUGUUUCUUAUUGGUCCCGCAGUUUCUUGCAAGACAUGCAGAGAGCUUGUGCAGACCAUUUUAAGAGAAGAUGCUGGGGAAUUGGUUUUGGCUUCGGAUUCAGAGUUGUGGCCCUUGAUCCUAAUUUCAGAAAGCUGUCACUUGAUGCUAUUGUAUCGGCUUAUAGGAGGGCACAAACUAGGGCCAUUCUGUUGGACUACGAUGGUACUGUAAUGCCCCAGAACUCAAUUGACAAGUACCCUAGUCAGAAGGUAAUCUCAAUUAUGAACACACUUUGUAUGGACCCAAAAAAUACAGUUUUCAUUGUCACUGGAAGAGGGAGGGAGAGCUUAAGCAAGUGGUUUUCUCCCUGUCAGAGGCUUGGAAUUGCAGCAGAACAUGGGUACUUCUUGAGAUGGUCGCAAAAUCAGGAGUGGGAAAUCUGUCGUCAGGGUUUUGAGUUUGGCUGGAUGAAAAUUGUUGAACCAGUGAUGCAAUUGUAUACUGAGUCUACUGAUGGUUCUUCUAUUGAAACUAAGGAAAGUGCUUUGGUUUGGCAAUAUCGUGAUGCAGACCCAGGUUUUGGGUCCUCCCAGGCAAAGGAGAUGUUAGACCAUCUAGAGAGUGUCUUAGCAAAUGAACCUGUUGCUGUCAAGAGGGGUCAGUUCAUUGUAGAAGUAAAGCCUCAGGAAGUUAGUAAAGGGCACGUAGCAGAGAAGAUUUUCUCAUCAAUGGCUGAGAAUGGAAAACAUGCAGACUUUGUGCUCUGUAUUGGUGAUGACAGAUCUGAUGAGGACAUGUUUGAGAUAUUUGAUAAUGCUAUGCUGAGAAGUAUUCUCUCUCCCAAUCCUUCAGUUUUCGCUUGCACGGUUGGACAAAAGCCUAGCAAGGCUACUUAUUAUUUGGACGAUACAACGGAAGUGAUAAACAUGCUUGAAUGUCUUCCUGAAGCCUUUGAUUCUUUGCCACCCGUUGAAGAAGGAUAUGAAAGCUCUCCAUGAAAAACUGAGUCAAAUUUUGUUGUUUUUUCAAUAACAGAGUUAGUAUUUUUGAGACAGAAGUACAGAUUAGGCAGGAGGCAUCUUUAC